AGGAAACGCUUCUAAAGCACACUUCAUCGCCGUCUGUGUAAUGUGCCAUAUGUAGCUCUCCUUGGCAAAAGGUACAUCAUUCUGUUAAAUGGGCAGUGGCUUGUGCGAAUUUGCGUCAGGCGGUGCAUCCACGGACGCUCCACUCUAUCACCUGCCCCAAUGACGAUUAUGAUCCCUGCGCCAAGGACGAUGCUGGAUGCGACACUACUUAUCACCCCGCAGACUAUGUGGACUCUGAACAUAUCAACGCCAAUUCGAUUCGAUGGUACACAGCGGCGAUCUUACAACAGCCAGCAAGGGCGCCAUUUUCUCUACACGUGCUGCUGUAUCAACAAGCAAGACAAUAUCGCAGAAGCAAUUCUCCGGAUCCUCUACGCGUACUCUCAUACCAAUAACCGAUCACAACAGAUAGCACGUCUGUUCACGACCACCAUCGAGGAGAAGCCGUCGCCAUCACCGGAAGACCGUCCAUCUCCCAUUGAGACCCCAGUCCUCCCACCGACGGUCUUCUACUUCAGUGAAUGGUAUCCCGGUCAAUUCCAAGUCUUCUUUCACAUAACCAUCAUCUAUGGUCCGCUCCCAGUAAACCAGAUCAUGAGCACUGAUACAGGUCUCGCGGGCUAUGAACGACCCUCGGGAGUUAAAUUUGCUGCUUGCUGUCAUAUCUAGUUAUAGCCUCCAUGGAGGUUGCCAAAAACACAUCUUGCCUACAAGAAGACUAUAUCAUCACACAUCAAGGAUUCAGGAAGACGAUGUAGCAAUUUCCAAAUUUAUAUGGAUGGACAAAGCGAUGAAUACACUCCCGCCCAAAAUAUCCUUAGACGACAUUAGUUCAUAUCAGGAUUCGCAUCAGGGAUAUCGAAUUGCAAUCGCACGACGUGGCGUAAUGUCUAUUGUUU